UGUAUCUCUUUCGAACAUUAUAGAAGUAUAAAAUCCCACACAUGAACAAGGAUUGUAGAAGACAAAUAUUUUUGUACCACAGAUAUUAAAUAAACAAACAAAAAAAAGCACACAAAACAUUUAAGAAAGACAUAAAAAAUAAGGACUUUUAAUGCAAAGUUGCAUUAGAAGUUCAUUAAAGUGUCAUUAUUUACGGAAUCGGACUUCAUGACAUAAUUAUUCAUGAAGACUCCUUCGUGCUCAUCCCAUCAUGUCCUGUCAGUCUUAUACACAUCGCUAUUGAAAUAAAGUCUUACCCACAAGUUUGGAGUUGAACUUCUCUCGCAUGAGUGCUUGAUGGAAACCAGUGGUAUCGACUUUAGGUUGCGUGGUUGUUCUCGCGCGCACACAGGUCAGAGAUUACGUGUCUGGAAAUCCACGUGGAAACAGUGGUUGAAUGCCGCUUUAACAGACUCGUAAUUACGCACAGCGUGGCACCGGCGCUCUCCUGGGACUUCUCCCUUUUUAAAAGUACUUUUUAACUGCUUGUGUGAGCGUGUGUGUCGGGGCGUGGCUCCUGUGUGAAAGUGAUCCUCCUCCCUCCUCGCCCUCUCUCGCUUUCUUCUCUGCAUGAAAACCUCUGUGUGAGGGAAGUUGUGUGACACACUGUUGCCAACACCGCCGGACAUACAGAUGCUGCUCGGUCGCUCCUCUGCUUGUGUGAGGACAUCCAGAAGCGAUGCGUGAUCUCAUUAAGCAGAUGGCACCUCCUGCAGCCACUUGUGGAGUAUUGCUGGAUUACAGCACACAGACUUGUUGCCUUCUCUGGGACUAGAGGCGUCGCGGAUGACCGUCACUGAUGUAACCCACCUGCAGAUUUCAGGCCGGACGCACUCUACUGAGAUGAAUGCACUAUACAUCGCUAUUGAAGCAGUGAUCGCUGUCCUCUCCAUAUGCGGCAACGUGCUGGUGUGCUGGGCUGUGGCGAUCAACAGCACGCUGAAGAACGCCACCUUCUACUUUCUGGUGUCUCUGGCUGUGGCUGACAUCCUAGUCGGCUGCCUCGCCAUCCCCUUCGCCAUAAUCAUCAGCGUCGGCUUGUGCCUGAACUUUUACGGCUGCCUCUUCCUCGCCUGUUUCGUCUUGGUACUCACUCAGAGCUCCAUCUUCAGCCUGCUGGCCAUCGCGAUUGACAGAUAUCUGGCGGUGAAGAUCCCACUGAGGUACAAGGAGUUGAUGACGGGGAAGACCGCCAGAAAGAUAAUAGCUAUUUUAUGGAUCCUCUCCUUUGUCAUCGGUCUCAUUCCCUUCUUUGGGUGGAACUUGAAGAACUCAAGUUUGGAGAACUGCAGCUCGGUCAACAGCACAAACUGCAAAGCGUGUUACUUUGAGAGCGUGGUGGACAUGCAGUACAUGGUGUACUUUAAUUUCUUUGUGUGCGUGCUGGUGCCGCUGAUCAUAAUGCUGGGCAUCUACGCGAAGAUCUUCACCGUUGCCAGGAAGCAGCUGAGGCAGAUUGAGCUCAAGUGCGUGGGCAAUGGGGACAACCAGAACAAGGGGCUGCUGCAGAAGGAGAUCCGGGCCGCUAAAUCCCUCUCCAUCAUCGUGGGACUUUUCACCAUCUGCUGGCUGCCCGUCCACAUCCUCAACUGCCUUACGCUGUUUUACGGCGAUCUGGAGAAGCCUCCGGUUGUCAUGUACGUGGCCAUCAUUCUGUCUCACGCCAACUCCGCGAUCAACCCAAUUAUCUACGCUUACCGCAUUCAGGACUUCCGGAACACCUUCCGCAAAAUCCUGGUGCGGCACUUCCUCUGCCGCAAGGAGGAGCUUUACCUCAGCUCCAACGGCAGCAGACGCAAGAGAGACCAGGUCACAGUGACCAUUGACCCUCUGCUAUAGAGGCGGAGGACUCCAUCAACGUCAAGGCGUGAGGUUUCUAAUGUUUACAGAACAAUGUGAAGAUGAACCGAUGUCAAUCCCACCUUGAAUGUAGACUUUUAUUUAUGAAUUGUAUUGGGGUGGGAUGGGGGUCUGUGAAGUAUUCAACUACAAGUCUUAAAUAACUUGUUUGUUUUUUUAUGUUGUUGUUAUUGAAGGAGUUUUGUUUAAAUAGUUGAAGCUAACUGGAUUUGUAGGACUGUGAGGAUACAAACUCAAGAUGCUAUUUAUUGUUCUGAAUUCACCCUGUUCCAACUAAACACUCCUCUUUUUGUGCCCUGCUGUUUUUUAUACUCUCGACAUUCAGUGCCAGUGUUAAAGUAAGUUAUUUAUUACAAGACCUUGUCUUUGAGAAUGUAUUGAUCAAACAAACAAACGUGAGUGUGUGCGUGUGUGGGCUACAUCUGUACUUGUGGAGCUAAAGAAAGGUUCAGUGGUAGCUAUUCUUACCUGUGGGUUUUCUGCAGCUCACAGAUCUUUGCUUCUUCUAUCUGCUGAGAGGAGGACACAUUUUCUUCAGCCUAGUUUUAUGAAUUUAAUUCGGAAGGAAGCAAUUGAGGUGAAAGUGUGUAUCUUUGCAUAUCAUUCAUUAGUACACAAUAGUUUGCUCAGACAAGCUGACCUCAUGGUUCAUUAAAAAAGCACCAAGUUUGGAGAGUGCUAAAAAUUUUCAAAUAAAGGGACAGUAUGGUCUUUUUUCAAUUGUGAGGUACUGCUUAACAGGAGUUCAUUAAAUUACAUUUAAAACAUUUUCAAGACGAGUUUUAUCUAAAAUCAAGAUGUACAGGAAUGAUAAUUCAUUUCAUUUUCUAUCUACUUUAAUUGCCCUUAAAAUCUUCAAAGCAUCAAAGCCUAACUUGUCAUUUAUAUACAACCCAAGCAGCUGCUGGUUAGUAACUGUAGUGAAUGUUUUGAUUUUAUUAUCCUAACCCAGAGAUAGCAAAGUAAAAUGAAUAUAAUUCUAAACCUUAACCAGGUCGAGGGUCAAACUCCAUAAAUAGGAUCUGAAUGAUCAAGAUGUAACAAAAAAAAUGUUGUUGUGAUGUCUUAUGUCCAAAUAUUUCUAAAUAUACAUAUACACCAAUCUAAAUGCAAUGGGGAAAAAACGUAAAAAAGGUUAGGAAACCCCUCAAUUAAUUACUUAAUAUUGUAAGUUUGUGCAUUUUAAAGAUAUUUUAGGGUCUAAAAUUGGGGUUAUUAAUUAUUUUCAUCAGUUUGACUGUAAAAAUGUUGGUUCAAAGUUAGCAACUUACCUGCUGUAAAUAACUUAACAUCUUGAAUUUUUAGACAGGUUUAGACAGUGUUCUUCCUGGACAAUUAAGCUAACGGCUAACCUAGCAGAAACCAAGAAACCUUAACAGCAGAGUAACUGUUCCUAAAUAGUAUUUGACGAAAACAACUGAUUAUUUUAUGCUAGAGUUGUUUUUAAAUUAUUAAAGUCUUGCUUUUGUCUCCAACGUACUAGCCAUUAGCUUUAGCCUAUCGGACAAAUUAAUCUGGAUUUAUACUAAAUUUAGGGAAUGCAAAGAUUGUUUAUAACCUGUUAACAGAAACUCACUUUCAAAAUAUAAAUAUAUGUAUAUUUUAAAGGAUGAAUAACUAAUAAGAGACAAGUCACUUUUCUUCGCCUUGCAUUUUACUGAAACCACUAAAAACCAAACUGUCACCUUCGUAUGUGUUCCACAGGAAGUGGCACAGUUGGCUUAGCUGCAAAACUCACCUACAGUGAUGUGCAUUUCUUCAGACUUAGUAAGCUCAGGAAGUGGAAAACGAAUUGUACCCUUUAAACUAACUUUGAGUCAGCAUUGAGCCUUUUUAGCUGCUUCACGAUGACAUCAUGCAAGAUGACACCUCAAGUCAGAGUCCUUUACGUAACUCCACGUCGACCAGGUUCUGGUCACAAGUCCCUCUAGCGGCUUGCAUAAGACUUCAUAGCUGUCAUUGCUUUGGGUAUAAGAGUUGGGCUUGCUACAAACCUUCGCCCACAGUCUGUCUUAAAAACCACAGACAGAACAGACACAAGCCAUUUGAUUUCAGAAAACAAACGAUUUGAAUCUUUAAGAUAAAGUUUAACUCAGCCGAGUAAUGUUAUGUGUGCCAACAAAAACAGGUUAGUAAAUCCAGAUUCCAGUAAGGGAGAUUGUGAAAAGUAAAUAUUUUUAGACACAGAGGCAUUAUUAUAAUUCAAAGAUAAGCUUUUAAGCUGCAUAAGAAGGUCUUUCUGCAAAGUCACGCCAUCCAUGAACUACCAGAAGGCGUUAAAGUCACCUGACAGUCAUCACUAUUCAAAUGAACAUUGCACUGACAUUUUAAUUUCCUGGUUUGGUGUGCUUCACUGGUGUAAAAUAAGUGCUCUGCUGUGCAGCCCUCGGUCUAUGCUGCUGCUGUCUUUCUGCGUUUCUUGAUUUCCACCUCUAUCUGAUUUCAAGGGCUAAAACACAGGAGUGUCGCAACGUUUAGAGACAUUCCAAUGGAGACAUCUAUACUGUAACGGCACUGUAACGUUAUCUUAUCGUCUUUGUUGACUGAUGUGUGACAAUAAGUACUGUAGCUGUCUGGCUUUCUGCUUGAUGUCAAACUGUUGCCUUGAUUUUUUAUUUUCAUUUUAAAAGGUAAUGCGAACAAUGGCAAGUUCAACAUUCCUGCCUUUCAUUCCCAAGUAUCCAUUUGUCUGUGUGCCAUCUUGUUGUUACUAAUCAGGAAAAAUGCCUCCACUGUGGUCAAACGUUUUCCAGAGGCAAAAGUUCAUUUGUUCAACACAAAACUACAACAGUUUAACAUGAUGCAAUCUGUAUGUAUGGUGAAUUAUUUUGUUAAUAAAGGCAAUGUUUAUAUUGGUA